AAAUGGCUUUCUUGGGUGCUGAUCCAGCACAUGGGAUACAAGAAAGGAGACAGAGUGUUGCUAUACAUGCUGGUUUACCAGGAAGACGGAGGAGCACAGUAGGAUCUCUGUUAAUGAAUACAGAAAGCUUAAAAGAAAGACAGCAAAAAGCAAAAGAAGUAAGAGAUGUGAGAAAAUCACUGCUCCAGCCUCAUCACAAAUUUUUGAUACAGAUGGUAGCACAACAUUUAGCAUUAGACUAUUCUGUAUUGGAAGAAUUUGUCUUGGAUGCUGAAAGGCAAGUUACACUGAUAACAGAUUUCUGUGUAAAAGAUGGCAGUAGAAGUGUCAAGUUUUACUAUCAGGAAGCAAUGAUACCUCUUCUUGAAGAAUGUGGAAGAACAAUACAUGGAGCAGGAAAAGGAGCAGUAGCACCAAGAGUACUGGUAACAAGUGGAACAGGCGAGAAACUGAGAGGAAUAUGCAUUUAUUUUCUACGUACCAAAACUGAUAUUGCUUUAACCAUAAAAAAUAUUUAUGAUGAAGUGACUUUUGGAGUAUUAGAUGCUUCAGAUCCAACAGGAAUAUUGACUGCAUUUGAAUGUGUAAUGUCCAGUCUGUAUCAACCAUGCCUUACGGCACUAGAGACUUGGGGAGAGUUAGAUAAUGAUCCUCAUGGUAGAAAGUCCAGGUCAACUUUUAUGGAUAGCUAUGAAAAUUUUGUGAGCUUCCUUGGUCAUGCACAAGCCAAUUCUGGUGAAUGUGUAAGAUUAGCUAGUAAUACCAGUGAAAAGAUCAAUUUGCAAGAGAUAAAGACUGCACAAGACUGUAUACAGGCUGCAGCCAAUCCUGAUAUAGUCUGUGAUGUAGAAGAAUUAGCUACAGUUUGGUGUAAACAAAUUGAACAAAUUUUAGCAGAAAGUGACCAGAUGAGGAAAGAAGCAGAUGAUACAGGUCCUAUGGCAGAGUUGGACCACUGGAGACAGCUAAUGGCCAGAUUCAAUGCCUUGUUGGAACAAAUAAAAAGUCACAAUUGUCGCAUGGUCAUCAAUAUUAUCAAUAUUUCUAAAUCAAAAGUUCUUAAGAAAUGGAAGGAAUUAGACAAGAAAAUAACAGACAGUGCAAAUGAAACCAAAGACAAUGUGAAAUACUUGUAUACACUAGAGAAAUAUUGUGAACCUUUAUACCGCUGUGAUCCGGUUUCUAUGACAAAUUGUUUGCCAGGAUUAAUCAAUUCUAUUCGAAUGAUCCAUAGCAUUUCUAGAUACUACAACACCUCAGAGAGGAUGACAUCAUUAUUUAUAAAGGUGACUAACCAGAUGGUAACUGCCUGUAAGAAUUACAUAACAGACCAUGGAGUAAACAGGAUAUGGGAUCAACAACGACAGCCUCUUAUAGAGAAACUGCAGAACUGUGUAAAUCUUUACAAGAAUUAUCAGACUGUAUUCCAGAAAACUAAACAGAAAAUUGAACAAACUCCAGGAGAGAAGCCAUUUGAAUUUUCAGAAAUGUACAUUUUUGGAAAGUUUGAAACAUUUUGCAGAAGAUUAGAUAAAAUCAUCACUCUUCUGAACUACAUUCAGAUAUUUUCCACAUUAUCAGAAUCUAAGGUAGAAGGAAUAGAAACAUAUGGGGGCAGAUUUCAGCAGAUCUUGGGUAGCAUAAAGAAAAAGCCAUAUGAUUUCUUAGAUCAAAGAAAAGUUGACUUUGAUAUUGACUUUGAAGACUUUAAAAGACAGCUGGGAGACUUGGAGACUGGCCUUGAAAACUUUAUGGACAGUUGUUUCUCAAAAACUGCAUCUACAAUAAUGGCAUUAGAACUGCUAACUAGGUUUGACAAACUGAAAAUACCAUCACUGAAGAUUGAUGGCAAAUAUGCUGUUAUACUAAAACAGUAUGGAGAAGAAGUGGAAGAAAUCAGGAAACUUUAUAUGAAGUACAAAGAAGAGCCACCAAUACCCAGGAACAUGCCACCUGUAGCAGGGAAGGUCACAUGGGUUAGACAGUUAUCACACAGGAUAGAAUACCCUAUGUUGAUAUUUAUGGAACAAUCAGCCUGCUUGAAGACAGAUGAAGCAAAGAAGAUAAUAAGAGCAUAUAACAGGAUAGCAAAAGUGCUAGUAGAAUAUGAAGUACUGUACCACAAUGCAUGGAUCAAGUCUGUGGAAGUUGCUACCACAUAUUUGCAAGUGCCAGUUUUAGUUAGACAUCCUCAGAACCAGAACAUGCUGUUAGUGAACUUUGAUCCCUACAUAUUUGAAGUAAUUAAGGAAGCAGAAUAUAUGAUGAAACUGGAUUUAGACAUUCCAGAACCAGCAAAACUAUUGGUACAUGCAAAAGACAAACUGAAAGACCACAGAAAUCAGAUGCAGAUGCUUCUUGAUGAAAACAAUUCUAUUAGAGAUGACAUUCCUACAGUGUUUCAGAUUUUACUUGGACCAACCCUUAAAAAGGUUGACAUAGCAAUGAGACCAGGAGUUAUUUCUCAUACAUGGACAUCACUGAGUCUUCCAGCCUACUUUGAGGAGGUGAAAAUAGCUUUGAAAGAACUGAAGAUAGUGGUGAAACAAGUAAAUGAUAUUAAAGUUAUAAGAAUUGACAACAUGUUGAAAGAGAUCAGUGAAACUUUACUGUGUGAGCUGCCAGAAAAGACACCAUGGACUGUUGAUGAAUUUAUGCAAAAAAUGGAGGUGUAUUGUGGAGCUAUGACAUCUGAAAUCAACAAAAUGAGCCAGGUAAUAGAAGAUGCAGUGAAAGAACUAAUUCGUAUAUUUCUUCAAAGAGCUCAAAUGGAUCAAAAUUCUAUACAGUCAGGACAAACAUCAGAAGGAUUUGAUAAUGAAUCAACUUCAGAGCAUGAGAAUUCAGAGGACCAUGACACUACAGAAGAACAGUCAAUACUGGAAGCUUGUGAUGAACUGAAAGAUUUCUUUAACAAUAGACUAGUAGAAUCUCUUCUAAAAGCUACCAGACAUUCCUUAGAUACAAUGAGGAGACGCUUCUUUUCCAGUGGAAGAAGGGGUGGUGGUUUACAUUUUGAUGAGAGUGUCGGAGGAUGGAAUGGCAGUAGAGUCCCAUUCUUUGUUGCUGACAUAACACUUUGUAUUCCAAAUGUGGUAAUGCAACCAGGAUUGGAUGAUAUUCAGCAAUCAUUAAAUAAAGCCACACAGCGGGCCCUUGAUAUCAGUAAAGGAGUUUAUCAGUGGGGACAGGACAGAGAAGACCAAAACUCUGACACAGGCACUAGUAGAUCAUUAAAUGUCACAGAAAUAGAUGUUGGUGCUUUAUUGAAAGCACCUCCUCUUGGCAAGAAAAAUUUCUACAAAAUCAUUGCUGAGAAUAAAGAUGUAUCAAAAUAUGUAAUGAUGAUGUCUUCUGCCAUCAGUACAUUAAAAUCAGAUGUUUUGGAAUCCUUGCAGAGAUAUUCUGACUAUUCCUUUUUAUGGGAAAAGGACAGACAAGAAGCUGUCACAGAGUUUAUUUCAACGGAUCCAAUUUUAUCAGAAUAUAAAGCUAAAGUAGCCAUGUUCACUAAAUUAGAAGACAACAUAGAUGACAUACAAGCAUCAGAAGUUGUUGGUCCUAUUGAACUAAUUACAGAAAAAUUGAAACUGGCUUUGAGAGUUGAAAUCAAGGCAUGGAAGCUGUUAUUUGGGAAAGAAUUGAACAACAAAUUUAGAAAUAAAAUGGACGAGGUGUUGUCCUUUGUUGAUGAUUACAGUAAACGAUUAGCUCGUCCAAUCAGAGACCUUCAGGAUGUCAGAGAGUCAAUGGGAGCUUUAGCAGACAUUAGAAAUAAUCAAAUACAUUUGGACAUGUCACUUGGUCCUAUAGAGGAGUCCUAUGCUAUUUUGAAUGAUUUUGAAGUUACUGUACCCAAGGAAGAAAAUGAUCGAGUGGAUUCCUUGAGAUAUUCAUUCCAGAAGUUAAUGAGGAGUGCUAACCAUGUCCAAGAUGAAUUGGUAAGAGUACAACCUGGAUUCAAGGGUGAACUUUUGACAUCAGUAGAAACCUUUCACAAAGAUGCAGAAGAUUUUGCUUUAAAUUAUGAUACAGAUGGACCAAUGUGUGAAGGCAUAUCACCAAAUGAAGCAAAUGAUAGACUCCAAGUUUUUCAGAGUCAGUUUGACGAGUUGUAUAACAAGUAUGGUAUUUAUUCUGCUGGAGAACAGCUGUUUGGUUUACCUGUGACAGAUUAUCCUACAUUAAUGAAGAUAAAGAAAGAGCUUGGAUUGUUACAGAAGUUGUAUGGUCUGUACAGUACUGUCAUGACUGUUAUUAAUGGAUAUUUUGAUAUUCUUUGGACAGAAGUAGACAUAGAGAAAAUUAAUACAGAACUAAAUGAUCUGCAAAACAGAUGUCGAAGGCUUCCUAAAGCUUUGAAGGAUUGGCCAGCUUUCAUUGAAUUAAAGAAGAAGAUAGAUGACUUUAGUGAAUCCUGUCCUUUAUUAGAACUGAUGGCUAAUAAAGCCAUGAAGGAUAGACAUUGGGAAAGGAUAGCUAAACUUACUGGUCAUACUUUUGAUCUAGACUCGGAGAAUUUCAUGUUAAGAGAUAUCAUGAAAGCUCCUCUUCUCAAGUAUAAGGAAGACAUUGAGGAUGUUUGCAUCUCAGCUGUGAAAGAAAAAGACAUAGAGGCCAAGUUAUCACAGGUUGUCAAUGAUUGGAAUGGUCGUACACUGUCCUUUGCUAACUUUAAAACUAGAGGGGAGUUGUUAUUGAAAGGUGGAGAAACAGCAGAAAUCAUUACUUUUCUGGAAGACAGUUUAAUGAUUUUGAGUUCUCUAUUAAGUAAUAGAUACAAUGCACCAUUUAAAAAGACCAUCCAAGAAUGGGUAGCUAAGCUAUCCAAUACAACUGAUAUAUUGGAGAACUGGUUGGUGGUACAGAACCUAUGGGUCUAUCUUGAAGCUGUAUUUGUUGGUGGUGACAUAGCUAAACAGUUACCACAGGAAGCCAAAAGAUUUCAGAACAUUGACAAAUCCUGGGUGAAGAUUAUUCAAAGAGCUCAUGAAGUAACCAAUGUAGUACAGUGUUGUGUAGGAGAUGAAACCCUUGGACAGCUGCUACCACAUCUCUUAGAACAACUAGAACUAUGUCAGAAGUCACUGACAGGCUACCUGGAAAAGAAGAGACUUGUAUUUCCAAGAUUCUUCUUUAUAUCUGACCCUUCUUUACUGGAAAUUUUAGGACAAGCCAGUGACUCUCAUACAAUCCAGGCACAUCUUCUUGGAAUUUUUGAAAAUGUAAAUGAAGUAGAAUUCCAUGAGAAGGAUUAUGAUAAAAUGAUUGCUGUGUUAUCCAGAGAAAAUGAAAGAAUUAUGUUAGAAAAAGAAGUUAUGGCCAAAGGAAAUGUUGAGUCUUGGUUAGGAGAACUUUUGCAAGAACAGCAAAAAUCAUUACAUGGUGUGAUUAGAGAUGCAUUCAGAACCAUAAACGCCGACGGAUUUGAACUAUUAAGUUUUACAAAUGGUUUUCCAGCACAGGUUGGGUUGCUGGGAAUUCAAAUGAUCUGGACAAGAGAUGCAGAAUUGGCUCUACAGCAUGCAAGAGGGGAUAAGAAAAUUAUGCCAACAACUAACCAGAGAUUUCUUGACAUGUUGAACAAACUGAUUGAUCAAACUACUCAUGAUCUCACCAAGUUUGAGAGAAUUAAGUAUGAGACCCUUGUUACAAUUCAUGUACAUCAGAGGGAUAUCUUUGAUGAUUUGACAAAAAUGCACAUAAAAUCGCCAACUGACUUUGAAUGGUUGAAACAAGCAAGGUUUUAUUUCAAAGAAGACACAGACCAGUGUAUUGUAUCGAUCACUGAUGUAGACUUUAUUUACCAGAAUGAAUUUCUAGGAUGUACAGACAGAUUGGUCAUUACACCACUUACUGACAGGUGUUACAUUACCCUUGCACAAGCUUUAGGAAUGUCAAUGGGAGGUGCUCCAGCUGGACCCGCAGGUACAGGAAAAACAGAGACAACUAAAGACAUGGGUAAAGCUCUAGGGAAAUAUGUUGUUGUCUUCAACUGCUCUGAUCAGAUGGAUUUUAGAGGACUUGGCAGAAUUUACAAAGGACUUGCUCAGUCUGGUUCGUGGGGAUGUUUUGAUGAAUUUAACAGAAUUGAGUUACCCGUUUUAUCUGUAGCUGCUCAGCAAAUUUAUAUUGUAUUAAGUGCCAAGAAGGACAGGAAGAAAGAGUUUGUAUUUACUGAUGGUGACAUAGUAGAACUCAACCCUGAAUUUGGUAUAUUCUUGACAAUGAACCCUGGUUAUGCAGGUCGUCAGGAAUUACCAGAGAACUUGAAAAUACAGUUUCGUACCGUAUCCAUGAUGGUGCCAGACAGACAGAUUAUUAUGAGAGUAAAACUAGCUGCAUGUGGUUUCAUUGAAAAUGUCAUUCUUGCCCAGAAAUUUUACACUCUUUACAAACUAUGUGAAGAACAGCUUUCAAAGCAGGUGCAUUAUGACUUCGGUUUGAGAAAUAUAUUAUCUGUAUUGAGAACACUUGGAGCUCAAAAAAGAGCUCGACCUACAGAAACAGAAAAUACUAUUGUAAUGAGAGUAUUGAGAGACAUGAACCUGUCUAAACUUGUUGAUGAAGAUGAACCAUUGUUCAUGAGUUUAAUAGCAGAUUUGUUCCCUGGAAUUAUUCUUGACAGUGCUACCUAUGCUGAUCUUCAAGUUGCCAUAGCAAACCAAGUUGAGGCUGCUGGGCUUAUCAACCAUCCACCAUGGAAUUUGAAACUUGUGCAGCUUUUUGAAACACAGAGGGUACGUCAUGGUAUGAUGACCCUUGGUCCAAGUGGAGCAGGAAAGUCCUGCUGUAUUUAUGUACUGAUGAAAUCAAUGGCAGAUUGUGGAGCUCCACACAGAGAAAUGAGAAUGAAUCCAAAGGCUAUUACUGCACCUCAGAUGUUUGGACGUUUAGAUGUAGCUACAAAUGACUGGACUGAUGGCAUUUUCUCAACUUUGUGGAGAAGAACACUUAAAGCUAAAAAAGGAGAAAAUGUUUGGAUUGUAUUAGAUGGACCUGUAGAUGCAAUCUGGAUUGAGAACUUGAAUUCUGUACUUGAUGACAAUAAGACUUUAACUUUGGCUAAUGGAGAUCGUAUACCAAUGGCACCUCAGUGUAAGAUCGUCUUUGAAGUACAUAACAUUGACAAUGCAUCACCAGCUACAGUCUCUAGAAAUGGUAUGGUUUACAUGAGCUCAUCUGCUUUAGAUUGGAGGCCUAUAUUACAGGGAUGGUUGAAGACCAGAAAUGCAGCUGAAGCAGACAUACUUCUGGGAUUAUUUGACAAACUGUUUGAAGAUGUUAAUCUUUAUGUCAACUUACAGUUAAACGCCAAAAUGGAUGUGUUACAGUGUAAUCAGAUUAAACAGGCAUGUGUGUUGUUGGAAGGUCUGAUUCCAAAGAGAGAUGACAAAGGAACAUUACAGGCCCCUCAUCUGGAGAAACUGUUCAUCUUUAGUGUUAUGUGGAGUCUUGGAGCAUUACUAGAACUUGAAGAUAGAGCUAAGAUGGAAGAAUUCAUGAUGAAUCAUGAAUGCGGCUUUAAUUUCCCCCCUAAACAAGAUGAUGAAACUAUAUUUGAGUAUAUGGUAGAUGAAAAAGGUGAAUGGUCUCAUUGGUCAAACAAAGUAGAGGAGUAUGUCUACCCUGAUGACAGUGUACCUGAAUUCUCAUCUAUUCUGGUACCUAAUGUGGACAACAUCAGGACAAAUUUCUUGAUUGAAACAGUUUCAAAACAAAAUAAGGCAGUCCUGCUUAUUGGAGAACAAGGUACAGCCAAAACAGUUAUGAUAAAGGGAUAUAUGGCAAAAUAUGACCCAGAUAGCCACUUAAGUAAAAGUUUCAACUUCUCAUCUGCAUCUAUUCCCAUGAUGUUUCAGAGAACCAUUGAAAGUUAUGUAGAUAAAAGAAUGGGAAGCACAUAUGGACCACCAGGAGGAAGAAAGAUGACUGUCUUUGUGGAUGAUAUCAACAUGCCAGUUAUCAAUGAAUGGGGAGAUCAGGUAACAAAUGAAAUCACAAGACAGAUGAUGGAAAUGCAUGGAAUGUAUAGUCUAGAUAAACCAGGAGAAUUUAUAUCCAUUGUUGAUGUCCAGUUUUUAGCAGCCAUGAUACAUCCUGGUGGUGGACGUAAUGAUAUACCACAGAGACUCAAAAGACAGUUCUCUAUUUUUAAUUGUACACUUCCAUCAAACAAUUCUAUUGACAAAAUUUUCAGUAUAAUAGGAUGUGGAUACUUCUGUCCCACCAGAUUUGAGCAAGUUGUUUGUGAUCUUGUACAGCUGUUGGUACCUGCUACAAGAACUCUCUGGCAGAUGACAAAGGUCAAAAUGUUACCAACACCAGCAAAGUUUCACUACAUCUUUAACUUGAGAGAUUUAUCUCGUAUAUGGGAAGGCAUGCUGAAUAUUCAAGGCAAUGAAUGUAAAGAUGAAGCUACAAUGAUGGGUCUAUGGAAACAUGAAUGUACCAGAGCUAUUGCUGAUAGAUUUACUAACUUUGAAGACAAGAAUUGGUUUGAAAAUGCACAGAAGGGUGUUAUAAAGAACAACAUAAGUGAGGAUUUAGCCAGUAUAUGUCCAGAAGAACCAUACUUUGUAGAUUUCCUUCGAGAUGCUCCUGAGCCUACAGGAGAGGAGGCAGAGGAUACCGCAUUAGAGGCUCCAAAAAUAUAUGAACUGGUGCCUAGUUACGAGUUCCUGAAUGAAAAACUACUAGGAUAUAUGCAGCAGUAUAAUGAAUUGGUUAGAGGAGGACAUAUGGACUUGGUAUUUUUCAAGGACGCCAUGGUUCAUUUAAUAAAGAUAUCAAGAGUGAUAAGAACAAAGAGAGGAAAUGCUUUACUGGUUGGUGUAGGAGGAUCAGGGAAACAGUCUCUAACUAGACUGGCAUCCUUUAUUGCUGGAUACAAAAUCUUUCAAAUCACGUUAUCAAGAUCUUACAAUGUGAGUAACCUGAUGGAUGAUCUAAAGUACCUUUAUCGUGUAGCUGGUGGUGAAGGAAAUGGCAUUACAUUCCUCUUUACAGAUAAUGAAAUUAAAGAUGAGGCUUUCUUGGAAUACCUCAACAAUGUUUUGAGCUCUGGAGAGGUUUCCAAUUUGUUUGCCAAAGAUGAGCAAGAUGAAAUAUGCCAAGAAUUGAUUUCGGUCAUGAAAAAAGAAUUGCCAAAGCGUCCACCAACACAAGAAAACUUGUAUGAUUACUUUAUUUCUAGAGCUAGAAAUAAUCUUCAUACUGUUCUGUGUUUCUCACCUGUUGGAGAGAAGUUUAGAAAUAGGUCAUUGAAGUUUCCAGGGCUGAUAUCUGGAUGUACAAUGGACUGGUUUAGUAAAUGGCCAAGAGAUGCACUGAUAGCAGUAUCUGGACAUUUCCUAAAUACGUUUAAUGUUAUUGCUACACCAGAGGUCAAGACACAGCUAAUUAACACAAUGGGUGUAGUUCACGAUGAUGUAGCUCAAGUUUGUGUGGAUUAUUUCCAGAGAUAUAGACGACAGACUCAUGUGACACCAAAGUCUUACUUGUCUUUUUUGGAUGGUUACAAAAGUGUAUACACAGUAAAACAUGCAGAGAUAGGAGAAAUGGCCAGGAGAAUGAACACGGGUUUAGAAAAACUUAUUGAAGCUAGUGUAUCAGUGGACGCACUGUCAAAGGAACUAGUUGUCAAAGAAAAGGAACUGGCUGUUGCUAAUGUGAAAGCUGAUAAGGUAUUAGCAGAAGUGACUGUAAGUGCAGCUGGAGCAGAAAAAGUCAAAGCAGAAGUGCAAAAAGUAAAAGAUAAGGCACAGAAAAUUGUAGAUGAAAUUAAUUUGGAAAAAGCUUAUGCAACAGAGAAACUUGAUGCUGCAAAACCAGCUUUAGAAUUGGCAGAAUCAGCUUUAAAGACUAUUAAAGCAUCAGAUAUUUCUACUGUGAAGAAGCUGGGUAAACCACCACAUCUGAUUAUGAGGAUCAUGGAUUGUGUACUGAUACUAUUCCAGAAGAGAGUAGAUAUUGUGACUGCUGAUCCUGAAAGACCUUGUUGUAAACCAUCUUGGGGUGAAUCGUUAAAGUUGAUGAGUGGUUCAGGGUUCCUGCCUAGUCUACAGUCAUUUGCCAAAGACACUAUUAAUGAGGAAACAGUGGAACUGCUAACACCUUAUAUAUCUAUGGAGGAUUAUUCAUUUGAGACAGCUAAGAAAGUCUGUGGUAAUGUGGCUGGACUCCUAUCAUGGACAACAGCUAUGGCAUUUUUCUUUGGAAUCAACAAAGAAGUAUUACCUUUGAAAGCAAAUCUGGCAAUACAAGAGUCCAAAUUAGGAAUUGCCACUGCUGAACUGAAUAAAGCACAGGCACAGCUAGAUGAGAAACAGGCAGAAUUGGAUAAAGUGCAAGCCAUGUAUGAUGCUGCAAUGGCCGAAAAACAGGAAUUAUUGGAAGAUGCUGAAUCCUGUAGGAGAAGGAUGUCAGCUGCUUCUGCUCUGAUUGGUGGUCUUGGUGGAGAGAAAAUCAGAUGGACUGAACAAAGUAAACAAUUCAAAUCACAGAUAGAAAGAUUAGUGGGAGAUAUACUUCUUUGUACUGGAUUCCUGUCUUACUCUGGACCAUUCAACCAAGAAUUCAGAGAUAAAUUGAUAACAAAUUGGCAAAAGGAAAUGUUUGCCAGAAAAAUUCCAUUUUCCGGAGAUAUAAAUUUGAUCACCAUGCUUGUAGAUAAUACAACGAUUGGUGAAUGGAACAUUCAAGGAUUACCAAAUGAUGAAUUAUCAGUACAGAAUGGUAUCAUUACAACAAAGGCCACUAGAUAUCCAUUGCUGAUAGAUCCACAAGGGCAGGGUAAAAACUGGAUUAAAAAUCGUGAGAAAGAAAGAGAAUUACAGGUAACAUCCUUGAAUCAUAAAUACUUUCGAACACAUCUUGAGGACUGUCUUUCUUUGGGACGACCACUUUUGUUGGAAGAUAUUGGUGAAGACCUUGAUCCAGCAUUAGACAAUGUUCUAGAGAAAAACUUUAUCAAAUCAGGAUCAACUUUCAAAGUGAAAGUUGGAGAUAAGGAAUGUGAUGUUAUGCAAAGUUUUUAUUUGUACAUGACCACAAAGUUAGCCAAUCCAGCUUACACACCAGAGGUCAGUGCCAGGACAUCUAUAAUAGACUUCACAGUAACAAUGAAAGGUUUGGAAGAUCAGCUGCUUGGACGUGUCAUACUUACAGAAAAAAGUGAAUUGGAAGCUGACAGAGCUAAGUUGAUGAUGGAUGUUAAUAUGAAUAAAAGAAAAAUGCAAGAACUAGAAGAUAAUUUAUUGUACAAGCUAACCAGUACUAAGGGUUCUCUAGUAGAUGAUGAAUCUUUGAUUCAAGUUUUGUCUACAACAAAAGUGACAGCUGCUGAAGUGAGUGAAAAAUUGUUCGUAGCUGCUGAAACAGAAAUUAAGAUCAAUGAAGCAAGAGAAGAAUUCAGACCUGUUGCCACAAGAGGAAGCAUUUUGUAUUUCUUGAUUUGUGACAUGAGUAAUGUAAACAGAAUGUAUCAGAUCUCAUUGAAACAGUUCCUUGGUAUAUUUGACAUUUCUAUGGCCAGAUCAGAGAAAAGUCCUGUGACUACUAAAAGGAUUGGUAACAUCAUAGAGUACUUGUCAUUUGAGGCCUUCAGAUAUACAUGUAGAGGGUUGUAUGAAGAGCACAAAUUCCUCUUUGUAUUGUUGAUGACCUUUAAGAUAGAUUUACAGAAUGGAAAAGUGAGGCAUGAAGAGUUCCAGACGUUUAUAAAGGGUGGUGCUGCUUUAGAUCUGAAUGCAGUUACACCUAAACCUGCCAAAUGGAUUUCUGACAUAACUUGGUUAAAUCUUGUACAACUUAGUGGUCUUGCUCAGUUUGGUGAAAUUCUUAAUCAGGUGUCAAGAAAUGAAAAGGGUUGGAGAACAUGGUUUGACACAGAUGCUCCAGAGGAAGAACCAAUGCCAGAUGGUUAUAACAUUUCACUGGAUAGCUUUAGAAAAUUACUUCUCAUUAGAUCCUGGUGUGCAGACAGAACGAUACCACAGGCAAGAAAGUAUAUAGCUGAAUCUAUGGGAACUAGAUAUGCAGAAGCAGUUUUAUUGAGUCUAGAGGAUACAUGGGCAGAGAGUGAUACCAGAACACCCCUUGUGUGUUUAUUGUCUAUGGGUUCUGAUCCUACAAACCAAAUAGAAGCACUGUCGAAGAAACUUCAGCUUGAAAUCAGAGCUAUAUCUAUGGGACAAGGACAAGAAGUUCAUGCCCGGAAAUUAAUUAGUCAGUUCAUGCAUUCAGGAGGAUGGGCUUUGCUGCAGAAUUGCCAUUUAGGUCUAGAUUUUAUGGAUGAAUUAUUAGAUACUUUAGGGGAGGUGCAACAGGUACAUGACCAGUUCAGGGUGUGGAUAACUACAGAACCUCAUCCAGGAUUUCCUAUCAGUUUACUACAGACUUCUAUUAAGUUCACCAAUGAACCACCUCAGGGAAUUAAAGCAGGUCUAAAGAGGACAUAUGCUAGUAUUACUCAGGAUUACCUUGAUGUUAGUAACAUGCCACAAUGGAAAACAGUAUUAUAUGGUGUGUCAUUUAUGCACACAGUAGUACAGGAAAGGAGGAAGUUUGGUCCACUUGGAUGGAAUAUUCCAUAUGAAUUUAAUACUGCAGAUUGGGGAGCUAGUUGUCAGUUUGUACAAAACCAUUUAGAUGAUGUUGAUCCCAAAAAGGGUAUAUCUUGGACAACUGUUAGAUAUAUGCUUGGUGAAGUGCAGUAUGGUGGACGAGUUACAGAUGAUUAUGAUAAACGCUUACUUAAUACCUUUGGAAGGGUAUGGUUUGGCGACUUCAUGUUUGCUGAUACUUUCCAGUUCUAUACUGGGUACAAGAUUCCUAAAUAUAAGACUAUGGAAGAUGUAAUGGGAUUUAUAGAACAGCUGCGUUUGGUGGAUUCUCCAGAAGCUUUUGGUCUUCAUCCAAAUGCAGAUAUAACGUACCAAACCAAGAUGUCAACAUCAGUUCUGGAGACCAUCAUGAGUAUACAACCUAAAGAUAGUGGUGGUGGUAGUGGAGAGACCAGGGAAAGUGUGGUCUACAGACUGGCUGGGGACAUGUUGAGUAAACUUCCACCAGAUUAUAUACCACAUGAGGUAAAAGACAGAUUAAGAAAGUAUGGACAUCUCCAACCAUUAAACAUUUUCUUAAAGCAAGAGAUAGACAGAAUGCAGAGGGUAAUAGGUGUAGUAAGGACAACUCUAACAGAUCUGAAACUUGCUAUUGAUGGUACCAUUAUCAUGAGUGAGAACCUAAGAGAUGCUUUAGAUAAUAUGUUUGAUGCAAGAGUACCAAACCUUUGGAGAAAGAUUUCUUGGCAGUCAUCAACCCUUGGUUUCUGGUUUACAGAGUUACUAGAGAGAAAUGAACAGUUUUACUACUGGGUAUUUACUGGUAGACCAGAUGUCUUCUGGAUGACAGGAUUUUUCAAUCCUCAAGGAUUCCUAACAGCCAUGAGACAAGAAGUGACAAGGGCACAUAAAGGCUGGGCAUUAGAUUCUGUCACUUUACAUAAUGAUGUUAUCAAGCAGUUCAAGGAAGAAAUAACUUGUGCUCCUCCAGAAGGUGUUUAUGUUUAUGGCUUGUGUUUGGAUGGUGCAGGAUGGGACAGAAGAAAUUGUCGUUUGUGUGAGUCUCCAGCUAAAGUCCUGUUCACACCCAUACCUGUAGUUCAUAUGUUUGCCAUUAAUUCUACUGCACCAAAAGACCCAAGACUUUAUCAGUGUCCCGUCUACAAGAAGCCAAAUAGAACAGAUUUGACAUAUAUUACUUUUAUUGUCUUAAAGACUACUCAGUCACCUGAUCAUUGGAUUCUCAGAGGUGUAGCAGCUCUGUGUGAUAUCAAGUAGACGUUACAUGAAUAUUGUUAUCAACCUGACUAAUAUCUAGGUAUUAUGGAAUACUGUAUUAUGUGCAAGGAACUAUAAAUACCAUUAUUAUAGUAUUGUAUGGGUAUAUUUAAACAUUGUUUUAGUUUAUAUUAGUAUUGUUGGAUUAUUUAUUUACUUUUACAGAGAAUUAUAUUAUUGUUGUGUAAUGAGCAUG